AUGGACCAUUCGACGAUGCAGUCAUUUGGGGCAGUCGUGGUUGAAUGGCUGUGUGUCACCAGGCCCCUCUCUUCGCUCUCUUCACUCUUCCUUCCAUCCUCGCUGCGAGUGAACCCCGAUUCGAUGUCGUAUACAACAAGAAGCUAUUCGACUAGCUCUCGGUCAACGACCACGCGCACUACUCCAACCAGUAGAGUGACUCAAACCUCAAGGAGCAACUCCAGUUUUCUGUCUACGAAAGGCGUUCUCCCAGGGAUUGUUAUUGGCGUCCUUGUCUUGAUCGCAAUUCUUCUAAUGGUCAGGCGUCGGAUGCGACGCCGAACGAAUGCUUAUCCUCCUCAACUAUCGUCGUCUAUAAUCCAACUUCCACCCUCCACCCACAUCCAACCCCCAUACGGCCUACCUCCUCAGUCUUCCCCAUAUUCAACCCCGAUGACAGGGCCUCCCAUGGGAAUGUCGGGGCAAUACGUUCCUGAACCUGGCUCCUUUAACCGUGCAAGUGUCGUGCGUCCGAUGUCAAUGGUGCCUUCUUCACAUGCGUCGUCACCACCGCCAAUGUCUGAGCCCUCGAUACCGAACCCGGUUUGGACUCCAAAUUCGCUUCAUGCUCAGCAACUUCAUCAUUCGCCGAGUGUUUCGUCGGGCAGUGGAUACGCCUCUUCAACUAAUCCACUUCUUCCUCAACAACUACACUAUUCACCGAGUGUCUCAUCCGGUGGUUAUGCUUCCACACCCCCGAUUGUCCAAAACACUGGUGGAUCAGUUCAACAAUAUCCUACCAGUCCAUCUUCGUCCCACAGCCCUUUGAUUCCUCUUACUCCAGCCUCGCCCUCCUCAUUUGGACCAGCAAACCUUCCUGCAGUGCAGCAGCAGCAACAACAACAACAACAACAAGAGUACUUCCGUGGUGAUGGCAAGACGGUGCUCACUUGGGAAGCACUAGCAGAGCCGCAAGUAUCUACUGCUUCUGGCUCAGGAUCGGGGUCAGCUAUCCCAACAGAUGCUCCCCCUAGUUAUGACCAGCAAUGGCGGCAGUAG